AUGCCACAGGACGCCGGGAUUGUGCGCGUGCACGAUCUCUUUCGGCAUUUUCCAAUAGCCUCUACCCAUCGACUGGUGGACUUCCUCGAGCACCAGUGUGUGGAUCCCAUGAUCACCUGCGGCGUGUUUCGCUGGGCGAUGUCCGGAGUAGGUUCGCGUCUCAUCGUGGUGCAUACGCCACGCAUCCAUCACCCGGAGCGCGACCAGCCACUCGAGACAAUUGCCCCGACUCACGGUAUGAUCGUGGUGCUAACGUUCCACGUCAAGAUACAGGUCGAGCGGCUGUCGAAGAACGCCGCCAGUUCGGCCGGUCGAACCGGGGCAUACACGCAGUGA